GCGACAAUAACAGUCGCAUUCCACGAUAUGCCGGAUAAAAUUAGAAUUAGAAUAUACGUUAGUUAGUUCUGGAGAGCAAUACGCGCGCGGAAGAUGUUCUCCCGAUUUAUAUUCAUUUUACUUCUGUUUGCAGUGAGCGGCACUCAAAAAAUAGACAACGAUGUUAUUAAAAACUACAGCGAGUUUUUUAAUUUCGGACAUAAAAAGAAUCUUAAUAAAAUCGGACGUGAAAAGUAUGAAAAUUCAAUUAUUAAGUCUAAAGUGGAUGUACUGGGUGCUGUGUUUAAACAGAACAUUGCGUUUAUAAAAAGUAAAAAUCUCAUGGAUUUAGUAUUUCUGAUCGAUGCGUCUUCCACCGUGGGUCAGCAUAAUUUCAAUAGUGAAUUAAAAUUUGUAAAGAAAUUGCUGAGUGAUGUUACAGUGGAUUAUAAUCAUACCAGAGUGGCAGUUAUUACAUUUAGUUCACAAGGAAAAAUAAAUAAAAAUAUUGAUGAAAUCACAUUUCCAAAAACUGAAAACAACAAAUGUCUACUCCUUAAUAAUGAAAUAAAUAACAUUGAAUAUACCGGUGGAGCUACUUAUACAUUAGGAGCUUUCAAAGCUGCUAAAGAAAUAUUGCAAAACAGUCGUGCAGAUGCCGAAAAAGUUUUGUUUUUGAUAACUGACGGAUAUUCGAAUGGCGGCGAUCCGAUUCCAGUUGCAAACGAGCUGAAGCAAUCGCAGGUCACUAUAUUCACCAUUGGAAUCUCCAAUGGGAAUAUUAAGGAACUGUAUGAGAUUGCGACCCAGCCAGGGGAGUUGCACAGCUAUCUCUUAGAUAGCUUCGAAGAGUUUGAGAGUUUGGCGAGGCGUGCGUUGCACGUCGACCUACAAAGCGGCGAUUACUAUCCGCUGGGAAUAAGCAGGCCUUGCGACGGCUUAUGUGAUGGCGGUAAUUGUUGCGAUAAGAAUGCGUAUUGUACAUGUGGUACUUCUACAGGGCAAUACAGUUGCAUUUGUGAACUGGGUUACUAUGGAUCAGGACUUGUAAACUCAUGUUCACCUUGUCCAUCAGGAAGUUAUGCAGAAGGACCUAAUUUAUGUCUUCCAUGUCCAGAUAUGCAUCACUAUACUAAACCUCCAGCAAUUGGUAUAGAAUCUUGUAAAUGUAAAAGUGGUUUCAGAAGUAAUGAAAAUUCUACUUGUGAUGUUAUUACUUGUCCGAAAGUUUUGCCUUUGCAAAACGGAUAUUUUGUUAAAAAGAAAGAAUGUAGUACAGUAUUGAAUAGUGCUUGUGGAGUUCGUUGUAAUGUUGGAUAUACCCUAGUUGGAAGUAGUAUUCGUUUGUGUCAAGAAGAUGGUACCUGGAGUGGCCAGGAACCUUCCUGUCAAGUCAAAACAUGUAAUAAGCUACCCACACCUGCACAUGGAUCAAUUGAAUGCAAACAUACGGAUCUUCAAAAUUUUACAACUUCAAACAACCACAUGCCAGUAGACACCACGUGUAAUUUUAAAUGUGAACGAGGAUAUACUUUAGUAGGAUCUGCUUCUAGAACUUGUCUACCCCUGGCUCAAUGGGAUGGUCUUCGUUCUGCUUGCAAGCAAAUAAAAUGCAAUAAACUAUCUAAAAUUAACUUUGGAUUUAUUGAACCUAAAACCUGCGCCGUGGGUAAACAACCAUAUGGUAAAGACUGUCAAUACUCUUGCAUGGAUGGUUUUGAUUUGAUUGGAGUUUCUGAAAAGAAAUGUGCAGAUGGCACUUGGGAUAAUCAAGAUGAGGUGACUUGUAAAGAUGUUACUCCACCUGAUUUGGCAUGUCCUGAAGAUGUAGUGUUGGAAACAUUACCAGCGAAACAAUAUGGCAUUCUAAAUAUUAUCAUUCCACCAGUCACAGAUAAUUCUUAUCUCAAUGUUACCACGUGGUCUAAACCUGUUAGUAAAGGACCAUAUAAAUUCAAAAUUGGUACCCAUCAAGUUUCAUUUUAUGCUCAAGAUGCUUUCAACAAUAAAGCAAAAUGUUCCUUUAAUGUCACCAUUCUUGAUAAGGAACCACCAACUAUUGAAGCUUGUGUGGACCCACCAGUUUUCAUUAGUUCUGGGCCAGCUAAUAUUACCUGGGACGAACCAAACAUCUACGAUAAUUCUCAACAUGUUAAAAUUGAAAGAAAUGCAACUUUUGGUGUGUUUCCGAUAGGCACCACCAAAAUAUUGUAUACAGCCACUGAUAGGAGUAAUAAUACCAAUCAUUGUAUACUAAAUAUUAUAAUUGAACAACCAACAUGUCCACCUAUGGCACCUCCUCUUUAUGGUACCUCAAAAUGUAACAACACUGAUAAUAAGAGUCAUUGUGUGGUCACUUGUAAUGACGGAUACGCUUUGCCAAUUCCAGCAGAAGCAAAUUUUAUUGAAGAUAACACUACACAAUUUUAUUGUUCAGCAGAAGAAGCGAAUUGGACAAAUGUUGCUAAUCUAACAACACCUGAAUGUACCGUUAUUGAAAUACCCGUAGAAAUAACUCAAAACGGUUCUAUACAAAUUCCUGAUAAUGAAACAGAAGCAUGUAAUGACAAAAGUAAACUGCAAAAUAUUCAAGAGAAUAUUAAAAAGAGUUUAGAAGAAAACACAAUAGAGACAUGUGGAGAUAAACUUGAGUGUGAUAUAACUACAGAACCGGAAUGUACUGAUAACGAAAUUAGUAUUAAUUUAACAAAGCGUGAUGUUACGAGUACAAAUACCACGCAACCUAAAACAAGACGUCGUAAAAAAUUAAAUAUGAGAUUUCAAAUAAAAGGACGCAAUAGAAAUCGAAAACUUUUAAAUAAUAAAAAACCUGGAUUUUUAUUAAGUGGAACAAUUGGAAGAUAUAAUGUUACAGUAAAUCGACCCGAAAUUAUAUGUCCCACUGGAAGUUUCAAACGUAAAUUUAAAUGCAUUAAAUGCCCGCUUGGGACCUUCCACAACGUUACAUCGAAUUCGUGCCAGAGUUGUGAUAUUGGCAGUUACAAUGAUAAAAUGGGUCAGGCGAGUUGUGUUGAAUGUCCGGAAAAUUAUUCGACGAGAAAAUUGCAUGCUAAAACCAAUUUGGAUUGUAUAGAGAAAUGUAUGCCAGGAACAUUUGCACAUAAAAAACAAAUAAAACAUCCAAGAAAUCAUCCAAAUGCAAUAAUUGAACGUGCGACAUUAAAACCGUACUGCAAUUCAUGUCCACUGGGAACUUUUCAAUCAUCAUAUGGUCAAAUUAACUGUAUAGCGUGUCCCACAAAUACUACAACUACAAAACGAGGAGCUAUUAGUAUCACAGAGUGUGAGCAAUCACAACAUCCAUGUUUACGCAAUCCUUGUCAACAUGGUACUUGUCUAGGAUUUGGAGACUAUAGUUAUACAUGUGAAUGUCAUGAACAUUACUCUGGAAGUAAUUGUGAAAUCUUCAUGAAUCCAUGCAAUUCUCAUCCAUGUCAAAAUGAUGGAAAAUGCACGUAUUCAGAAUCUUUUGGUUAUAAUAACGAUCGAGUUACUAUGUUUACCACAUAUAUUUGCACAUGUCCAGAAGGAUAUUCAGGGAGAACUUGUGCUGUUGUUGCAAGUCAAUGUGAUUUAAAAUGCAAGAAUAAUGCUACCUGUGUAUUGGCGGAAGAUGACGAGCCAAUUUGUUUAUGUUCUCGAGGAUAUACAGGAAAAUUAUGUGAAGAAAAAGUAGAGAAAUGUAAGAGUAAUAUAUGUGAGAACAAUGGUACUUGUGUGGAGAUUGAAGACGAAUUUAAUUGCAUUUGUGAACCUGGAUAUUUAGGCAAAAGAUGCCAAUAUGUUCCUUGUGAUUUUAAACCUUGUACGGGGAACUUUGUCUGUGUUAACGGAAAUUCUAGUCAGGCAACACAAGAUGACUUUAAAUGUGUAUGUCCCGAAGGUUUCACAGGCUCAAAUUGUAGUGAAAUUAUUAAUUAUUGUACUAAAAAUCCUUGUUUGAAUAAUGGGAUCUGCAAUUCUAUAAUUAAUAAUUUUACAUGUACUUGUCCAAAAGGCGUAAAAGGAAUUAUUUGUGAAAUAGCACUACCUAGUGCUUAUAUUUUAAAAUUUCCAAGAUCAGGAGUUACUGAUUAUAUUCAAAUGAAAGGCUUUGAAACAGAUUUGAGUGCAAUUUCCGUGAGUUUAUGGAUGAAAACAAACGACAGUUUUAACUAUGGUACAAUAUUAUCCUAUGCAAAUAAAAAUUAUUUUAAUGCAUUUACUAUAACUGAUUACACUGGAAUUGUACUUUACGUCAACAAUGAGUAUGUGGUAACUGACGUAUUGUUAAACGAUGGAGAAUGGCAUCAUAUUUGUAUUACAUGGAGUAGCCGGACCGGAGAUUAUCAUAUUUAUUUAGAUUCUUCUUUGGUUAAUAAUGGAACUGACUUAAGUAAAUCCAAAAUAAUUAAUGGCAGAGGUACUUUUAUUCUUGGACAAGAACAAGAUGCUCUGGGAGGGCGAUUCAGUCAAUCUGAAUCAUUUCUCGGUCAACUGACCCAGUUGGAUGUGUUUGAUCAUGAGUUAACUUCAACUGAAGUAAAAACAUUAAUGAACAAUUGCAAUCCAUUAAUAAAAAUAUCAGGUUCAGUUUAUGCCUGGGCGGAGUUUUCUGAAAACAUUCGAGGUGAUGUUAGCAUAGAAAACAGCACGUUUUGUCAACAAUGUGAUGCACCACAUCCUCCUAAAUAUGGAUCAGUAGAAGUUCAAGAAAAUAUAGCUCUAUAUAUUUGUAACAAAGGAUAUAAUCUUAACAAAUAUCAUCGAGGUCGUAAGUGUUUAAAAUCUAGUCAAUGGGAAGGUGAUGAUCCAAUCUGUAUUGCAAUAAGUUGUGGCCAUCCCGCGUAUGUAUCAAAUGGAUACUAUAUAGGAAACAAUUUUACCUUUGGACGCCAAAUUGAAUACAGGUGCAAUCAUGGUUUUAACAUAACAGGGUCCUCGAAACAAAUUUGUAAUGAAACAGGAAAAUGGUUUCCUGAUAGCCCUAAAUGUUUAGGUGUACACUGUCCUAAACCUCUGGUACACAGAAAAGCAAAAGUAACAGUGCAACAAAUUGAAGAUAAUGGUGAAGAAAUGAAAUUUGAAGACAUGGAUAGUUUUACAUCAGGAACUGAGAUUGAUAUUAAAUGCCCAACUGCAGUAAAUCCUGAUGAAGAAACUACUUUAACUUGUAUGUCAGAUGGCAAAUGGGAUUAUGAUCCACCAAAAUGCAAAGGAGAAUAUACUUUACCAUGUAAUCUUAAUCACGCCCCGGAAGCACCUGAUAAUGGUUAUAGAGAUGAAGAUUCUUACAAGGAAUUACUUGAAGGUACAAGUGAUACUAUUCAAUAUGUGUGUAGAAAAGGUUAUAGGCAAAUAAAUGGUAACUUUAGUACGUGUAUUGUGGAUGGAUAUUGGUCAGAAUUACGUAUGCAAUGUCAAGUUAUAACGUGCAAGGAGCCCCGACAAAUGACAGAAUAUGGAUUGAAAAUAUCACAAGGACGAGCAAAUAUGUAUGCAAUAGGACAUAUGAUUCGUUAUGAAUGUACUGGAAACUAUAUUUCAAUCGGUAAUUUGAUUGCACGAUGUGUUUAUCCAGGGAUUUGGAGUAGGUUUAAUGGUAGUUGUCAAAAAAUACGUCAAGUACCAUAAAGUUCAUACCAUUUACUACCUAACAACUUUGAAUGUUUUCUUACAUUGUAUUGAUUAAACUUCCAAACAAAUAUCAACAA